AGUCAGAUUCUAGUUUCAACAAGUUGCUUCAGCCGACUCCGGAGCCUUGCCCUUCGAAGCCAGGAUAGAAUCCAGAAUCAAUUGUCCUGCAUUUCCAGUAGCAGCCAGUUCUUACGAGUUACUCCACUGUUGUGUUACAUAUUUUCCCUAGGCCUGUCCAAUCUCCUCCUACAUGGGGUAAUGGAAACCGAUCUAUCUUGAACGGUGAUGGCCAGAAAAAUCCUGCGCCUUAUGCUGUCAAAUCUCUUGUUGCUACUCGUAAUUUUGGAGGCGGAGUGGCAGCCAAUUUUACUGGAUUACAAGACCAGAAAAGGACUAGGUCCACGGUGCCAGGACUUUUUCCAAACUUAUCAAAUCAUCAAAAAGUGUCCCCAGGUCAAGUCAAUGAACUAGCAAAUGGCCAUCUCCCGAAGCGAAGUAGAUCGCCUCCUGCCAGCAGAAGUUUGCAAGGAAAUGCACCUUCUGUGAGAAAGGAAGCUAAAAGACCUUUCUCUCCAAUAGGAUUGAAUACGCAAUCAGAUCCUAUUUACAGUACCCUAGACACUCAAAUUCCAGAAAGAGUGAUGCCAUUUUUUAAGAACACAACUUUGGAAUCUAAUCCCACCAGAAACACCAGUGCCUUAGUUUCAACCAUUGAUGUUACUGAACGGUAAAGCUUCACGACAAUAUUCGGCUGGAUAAUCCUGGCUUUUCAAUUCAAUGAUUGUGAAUUUCGACUUGAUGUGCAGAGAGAUACAAGUCAAGGAGAAACGUUUAGCCCGCUUUAAGGAAGAAUAAAGCGAAGAUAUUGAAAAUAGCUCAGAUGUUGGGGACCAAGAUGUUCCUGUUGGUGGAUACGAGCAAUCCAAACAAAGACAAAAUGUUCCCGUGAAUCAUUCGGGAGAAGACCGCACCAAUGACAAUAAUGUAUCAAACUUGGAGGGUUUGGGAACGCAAAGCCUUAUUGUUGGCGUCCAGAUAUGUGCCCUGAAUCUGAAAGAGGGAGCGAGAAAGGAAUGGGAUCUUGAUCAGUAUGAACGUUUGGAUGGGGAUAGAAAUCAAACAAAACGUUUGCUUGCAGUUAAAAAGUACACUAGGACAGCGGAGAGGGAAGCAUGUCUUAUACGUCCGAUGGCUGUCCUUCAAAAGACCAUUGAUUUACCUACUUAGCUUACUGGAUCAGACAUAUGAUGGCAACUUCCUUGGGAGGUACAACUUUCUGUGGGACAGGAUGAGAGCAAUCCGGAUGGACCUGAGAAUGCAGCACAGUUUCAAUGUGGAAGCUAUAACUAUGUUGGAGCAAAUGAUAACGCUUCAUGUAAUUUCUAUGCAUGAGCUGUGUGAAUAUAAAAAAGGAGAAGGCUUUUCAGAGGGAUUCGAUGCACACCUUAAUAUUGAACAUAUCAACAAAACAUCUGUUGAAUUAUUUAAAAUGUAUGAUGAUCAUAGGAAGAAAGGCGUUAUUGUGCAGUCAGUAAAAGAAUUCCGUGAGUAUUAUGCUCUUCUCAAACUGGACAAGCAUCCUGGAUACAAAGUGGAACCUUCAGAGCUGUCGCUAGAUCUGGCAAAGAUGACUCCCGAUAUAAGGCAAAACCCUGAAGUGCUUUUUGCUCGCAAUGUUGCAAGUCAUAAGGACUUCCCGGGGGUCGUCGUUAAGUCCCGUGCGUUUGCGAGUAGACAGACAUGGCCUGGGUCUCGGACAAUGAUUGAGCAGGAGUCGAAGAAGUCGGAGUCGUCUCGGAAAAUGAUUGAUCACUCGAAGGAGUCGGAGUCGAAGGAGUCGGAGUUGGAGUUGGAGUCGUUGAUUAGCGAUGUUGGCACUGAAGGCAAACGGCGUUGCAUGGAGUAUCUAAAGGCCCGCUAUCCUAAUGAGAAUGUCAUUAAGUCUGAAGAGAAUCUUCCUUACGACGCCCUAAUAGGCGAUCCGAAAGAUCCUAAUUCCAAGUUUUUUGAAUUCAAAUCCACAAUCAACGCUCAAUUUGACUUCAGUGUUGUCUUUGUGAUGAUGAAUUGUCUGAAGGAUAAGGAGGGCCCUGGCGAGGACUGUUACUUCCACUUUCCAAACCCAGCCCACCUCGAUGUAGCUGUAGGAUUCGUGCCUGAUGAUGAGAUGAUAAAGUGGAAAUAUGAGGAGGGUAGCAAAUCAAAUGUCACAUAUCGAUUUGGGUUUAUCUACGGAGGCUGUGAGUUCGACUUUGAUUGCAGUGUUGGUAGUUUUCCUAGUGGCGAAAGACAAACUGCAUUUCCAUCUAGUAAUUUUGCUGGGGACUUCUAUUAA